GUACCAGUGAAGUGAAGUGUCAAAUAACAAGUGUCAAAGUGAUGUCAAAGUGACGUGUUGUGAGAACAUGGAGCCGACCUUGCCGCUAGAGGUCGACGAGGAGGGCAGGCCUCCGCAGGGCUCCUCUACAGGCAGUGGGUCCUCCUCCGGGACGGGGUACUACGGACAUAAAAAUGGUGAAUGGAGAGGAGAGAGGAGGAUGCUGGACAUCACCAGGGACAAGCCCGUUAAAGUGUGCGUGAGGGUCGUGGUACCCGUCAGGGAUCAUCCUAAGUUCAAUUUCGUGGGGAAGCUGCUGGGACCAAAAGGGAACUCCCUGAAGCGUCUUCAAGAAGACACCAUGUGCAAGAUGGCUGUGCUGGGUCGAGGGUCGAUGAAGGAUCGACAGAAGGAAGAAGAACUUCGCGUCUCCGGCGAUCCAAAGUUCGCGCACCUAUCUGACGAGUUGCACGUGGAAAUCAGCGCGUUCGCGACACCGGCCGAGGCGCACGCGCGGAUUGCGUACGCGCUGGCCGAGCUCAGGAGGUUCUUAGUGCCGGACUACAACGACGAUAUCCGUCAAGAACAAAUGCUGGAGAUGCAGAUUCUGUCGUCUCAGAAUGAGCAGCGGCGCCUGACUCCGCCUGAGUCCUCCAGGAGCGGCAGCGAGGAGACCCUGCCUCUCAGGGACAACAGCAAACAUAGGAUGUCAGCUGUACAACCAGUAGCGCAGCCGAUGCCGGGCGUGGUGCCCGGCGCGCGAGACUUCUCCCCUCCCGCCCCCGCCCCCGCGCCAGACCACCUCACCGCUGCCCAUCAUCAGUUGGCAGCAGGCCACACCGGGCACGGAGUCUUGGUCGGCGGGGGCGUGCUUCAACAACCACCAACCCAUCAUCUUCUAACACAGAACUCUAUUCUAGGUGGCAGCGACAUCCUGGGCCUCAGCAGUCCAGUGCUGGGCGGCGUUCUGCACGCCCACCCGGCGUUGCGCGGCGUGAAGCCGGCCGCUGUCCACGCUCUGGCGACGCAAGGUGCGGGUGGGGCGGCGGCUGCGAGCACGGCGCGCAAGCGGCCUCUGCUGGGCGGCGCGCGAGCCGCCAUGUCGCCGACUAAACGCGCGGUGAUGACGCUGCUGGCGCGCGCGCGUGCAGCCACGCACAAGCACGCGCCCGCCUGGCCGGCGCCGCACGAGCACACUGCCCUACUGCCGCUCAUACGGGACGAAUUCGUCGCUGGAGUCGGCGUCAAUAUCAAUCUAGCGUAAUAUGUUCUAAUUUAAAUUAGGAAAAUCAAUAUCAAAAUAAUAAUAAAAAUACAUGAACAUCGACCACAGACUAUGAACUAUUUUAAUAUAAUUAUUGUUAAUUCAAAAAUGUUGUAUUUA